CAUAUCUGGGGGUGAGAAGGGGAGGAGGAGAGAUGGGAGCAGAGACAGGGAAGAGGAGGAGAGGAGUCCGGGGGCUCUCGGCAGACUCGUGGCUCCCAGGAUUGGCAGGUCAGAGGUGGACAAACAGACCAAAGGUGGACCCGACCGCUUCCCUAACCGACGGAGCGGAGAGGACGCAGUACCUCGGCCCGGGGUCAGAAACGACCGGGAUCUGGAGACAAUGAGGCUGUGCCUCCUGUUGGCAGCCGUGUGGCACACGGCGGCCGGCGCCCCUCGGCCGCAGAUGUUUGGGAGGCUCACGUCCCCUGGCUUCCCUGCCGAGUACCCCAAUAACAAGGAGAAGAGCUGGCAGCUGGCAGUGCCCCCAGGCCACAUCAUCAAGAUUUACUUCACCCACUUCAACCUGGAGCUGUCCUACCUCUGCGAGUAUGACUACGUGAAGCUGCGCUCUGGGGACGAGGAGCUAGUGACGCUGUGCGGGCAGGAGAGCACCGACACGGAGCAGGCUCCCGGCAACCGCACUUUCCGAUCCAUCAGCAACAGCCUGGUUGUGACCUUCCGCUCGGACUACUCCAACGAGAAGCCGUUCACCGGCUUCGAGGCCUUCUACGCCGCGGAAGAUGUCGAUGAGUGUGCCGCCUUGCCGGGCAGGGAGCCCAUCUGCGACCACCACUGUCACAACCACGUGGGAGGCUUCUACUGCUCCUGCCGGCUCGGCUACACCCUGCACCGGGACAAGCGGACGUGCUCGGCAAAAUGCACGGGCCUGGUUCUCUCUGAAAGAUCCGGCGUGAUUACAAGCCCUGAUUACCCCAAGGGGUACCCCAAACUCUCCAACUGCAGCUACAGCAUCCGAGUGGAAGAUGGGUUCAGCAUCAUCCUGGAAUUUGUGGAAUCCUUUGAUGUGGAAACUCAUGAAAAGGCCCUGUGUCCCUAUGACACCCUUAAGGUCAAGACAGGCAAAAGAGAGUACGGCCCUUUCUGCGGGCAGACAUUACCCCCCCAAAUCGAGACGGAAAGCAACACUGUGGAUAUCAUCUUCAUCACUGAUGACUCUGGGGACCACACCGGGUGGAAGAUCAAAUACAUUACCACAGCCUUGCCAUGCCCUAAACCUGGAGCGCCACCCAAUGGUCACAUCUCCCCACUGCAACCAGAAUAUAUUGUGAAGGACCACUUCUCCCUCUCCUGCAUCAGGGGCUACGUACUCUUACAAGGUGAUAAGAUUUUGAAGUCUUUCACGGCAACUUGUCAGAAAGACAGAUCCUGGAAUCAACCAAUGCCAAAGUGUGUCAUUGUUGACUGCGGGCCUCCUGCUGAUACACCCAAUGGCCGAGUUUCAUACAUCACGGGGCCUGAAGUGACCACGUAUGAAGCUGAGAUUCAGUACACCUGCAAAAUUCCCUUCUACACUCUGAAAACAAGUAAUGAUGGCAAAUAUCACUGUGGUGCUGAUGGAUUUUGGAAGAACUCCAGAGGAGAAAAAUCACCCCCCGUCUGUGAGCCUGUUUGUGGAGUAUCAUCUCGGACGGCAGUGGAGCGCAUAUUUGGAGGGAAAAAGGCAAAAUUUGGUGAAUUCCCCUGGCAAGUCGGGCUAAGGGGGAAAUACUUGGGAGGAGGUGCACUUUUAUAUGACAAUUGGGUUCUAACAGCUGCUCACGUGGUCCAUGGGCAAACAGAUUUGUCAUCUUUGGUAAUCAGAAUGGGAACUUUGAAGAGACUAUCACCUGACUACAUACAAGCCUGGGCGGAAGCAGUUUUCAUACAUGAAGGUUACUCGCCUGACAAGGUCAAUUUUAACAACGACAUUGCCCUCAUAAAAUUGAAACACAGAAUCGAGAUCAACAGAAACAUCACACCCAUUUGCUUGCCAGGCAGAGACAGCAGAUUCCACUUGAAACCAAAUGACUUAGGGACAGUCUCUGGCUGGGGCAGAACACAAAAUCGACAUCUUGCUUCAAGUUUAAUGUAUGUCGAAGUACCGGUUGUUGACACCCAAACAUGUAAAAAUGCCUAUGCUAAGAAAAUGGAAAUAGCAAAAUCCGUACUUACUGACAACAUGAUAUGCGCUGGCUUUGAAAGUGGGGGAAAGGAUGCUUGUGCUGGCGACAGUGGAGGGCCCUUAGUUUUUCUGGAUAGUGAGACUAAAAAAUGGUUUGUGGGGGGCAUUGUGUCCUGGGGUUUAGAGUGUGGUGUUGCAUAUCAGUACGGUGUUUAUACUAAGGUCAACAAUUACAUUUCUUGGAUUGAAAACACAAUUUUGAACAAUUCCUAAAUUGCAACACUUUCAAACAUGCUUAAUAAAAGUACUUUAA